GGUUUGUUCUGUGAAGCCCCGCCCCCGGUCAGUGGACCCCUGAGUCACUAAAGCAGAGGCUGAGAUGCUGUGUGUGAAUCAGAAACAACACCAAGUUACCUGUGCAAAACUCUAGUGCUGCUGCGGUCAGCAUGCUGCUGGAUAUACUCCUCGUCCUUCAUCUCCAGAUGCUAGUCGUAGCAUCUUCAUCCUCCGCUGAGGAAGAAGAGAGCAGUGAGAGGGAUGCCCAACACAGUAAAGGUUCUUCUCAUCAGCAGCACUGGGGUUACCAUGAUCAGGACGCCUGGUUAUCUGCGUUUGAACACUGCAAUGGAAAAUCUCAGUCUCCGAUCAACGUAGACACUCAUAAGGUUUCCUUUGAGUCCAGACUGCCUCGGGUUAAACUGGAGGGGUACGAUCUGACCGACUCUCACACUCUUACCCUCAUCAACAACGGACACACACUGCAGCUGAGUCUGCCGAGCAGCAUGCGUAUCACGAGGGGAUUCGAUCAGGUUUACGUCGCAGCCCAGCUUCACUUCCACUGGGGAACUAAAGAAGUCCCUGGCUCAGAGCACACCAUAGAUCAUGUUCAUUUCCCUGCCGAGAUCCACGUGGUUCAUUAUAACUCCAAAUACUCAAGUCUGGCGGAGGCUGCCAGUAAAGCGGAUGGACUGGCAGUGUUAGGAGGAUUCAUAGGUAUUGGCCUUCAUGACAAUGACAACUAUGAGAAGAUCCUGUCUGCGUUAUCAGACAUCAGCAUAGAGGAGUCAGACACUGAGAUUCCUGGGUUUAAUGUGCGUCAUCUUCUGCCGGACAGCCUGGACAGGUUUUAUAGGUACAGCGGGUCGCUCACGACCCCUCCGUGCUUUCAGACGGUCAGCUGGACUUUGUUCAAUGACUCCAUCAGAGUCUCAAGAAGACAGCUGGCAGCUUUGGAGGACACACUGAAAACUGAACACAACAAGCUUUUGUCCAAAAACUUUAGAGCUCCACAACUUCUGCAUGGGAGAAAAGUGCUGGCAUCUUUCCACACAGGAUCCACUCCAAGAAUAGUCAGUGAAGCUCCAUCUGAGACACAAGAUAAUAAUAUAAUGGAAUCUAACGGACAAAUUCUGGCGAUUAUCUUUGGGGUUCUGUUUGCUGUCACAUUGCUGGUCUCCUCUGUGUACACAUAUCGACAGAGGAAAAAAUACUCAAAGUUUAAAAAAGACUCUAAGCAAAAUGUUAUUUAUAAACCAGCUGCCGUUGAAAAAGACAAAGAUCAAACCUCUGUUACUGUAUCAUAAACCACAUAUUUAUCCAGAAA